AUGGACUGUGCGUCAAGAAAGGAUAAGUCCAUAUUAGGAAUUAAUGUUCAAUAUGCAGCUGCUGAUACAACAGUGACUACUUUACAUACAUUAGCUAUGAUAGAGUUAACCCAACAGCACACUGCUGAGUAUUUAAAAGAAAAGGUAAAUGAAGUUCUUAAAGUUUUUGAAAUUAAAAAACAACAAAUUCUUACAAUCACGACUGACAAUGCAAGAAAUGUUGUCAAGAUGGUAGACCUAAUGCAUAAAGAAAAUUAUGGUACCUAA